AAAAUUAGACAUUUUGACUGUUCUCUGUAAAAUUUCCUCCACAAGGGUGCUUUUGUUGGUGCUUUUUUAAGAAAUAUAGCACAGAAGACAAAAUGAGAUUUAUAAGUAUUAAAAUAUUGUUUUAUAUUAUAUUACAGCCAUCCAGCAGCAGUCAAGCGGCGGAGUUAUUGUCGGCUGCUGGGACUGCUCCUAUCGGUUUCCUCGGCUUCGGCAGUCCGGCGUUUGUGCCAGCAAGUCAGUCGUUUGAUGACACCGACAACUCACUUGACUCGGACUUCAGAAUGGUUCUGAGGAAACUUUCAAAACGAGACAGCAUAACAAAAAUAAAGGCUCUCCAGGAGUUUAUUGGUUUGUGUCAGGAGAAGGACGAGGACUGUCUGAAAGCUGUUUUACCUUUCUGGCCUCGGAUUUACAACAAAAUGGCCAUUGAUAUAGAUUAUCGGGUAAGGGAGACCGCUCAGCAAGCCAUGAAUACUCUUGUGUCCAAAGUGAGACGGAAUUUAGCUCCGUAUGUCAAGAGCAUCAUGGGAAGUUGGCUGCUAAGUCAAUGUGACACAUACCCAACUGUUUCCUCAGCAGCAAAACAGGCUUUUCAGUCUGCGUUUCCACCUGCCAGGCAACAACCUGCAAUCAAUUAUUGUAAACUGGAGAUAGCAGAGUAUCUGAUUGAUAACCUUCUAAACCAGGCACCAGGCACACUUAGUGAUCCCAAAAAUAAUUCCAAAGAGGACAUGGAGCAGAAGUAUAACAGAGUUAUGGCAUCCUCAUUGUUGGCACUGUGCCAGCUUUUAACCUCUCUUCAAGCAGAUGAGCUGGGUUCAAUUAAAGGUCAUCUGAGAGGACUUUUGAAUGAUGGGAAAUUGUGGAAAUUUUCCAAAUCAAGCAUUAGUAAUAUUAAGAGUGGAAUGUUUUCAUUCUGUGCCAGUCUUUGUCAGACAUGCCCAGAUGUAGCUAAAGAAUACGUCACCAAGAUUGCUCCCUUCGUUCUAAACAGUUUAGACAUCACCGAUCCGGUCAUUAUUUCAUCUUUGUGGGAGGCCAUACUCUCUGUUGUCAACUACAUUGAGGACUGUUGGAGUCAUGUCAGCUGGCCGAAAUCCUUCUGGCCCAAACUACGAAAUGUUCUUGAAACUGGUUGUUUUGGAAAUGCUUCAAUCAUUGGACCCAGUAUUCUACCAUUGCUCAGCAAAAUAUCUUCAGCUUGCUAUGGGGAGCCAGAGAAGUUUUAUUCGGAAUUCUUUGUUUGUUUCAGGAAUGGAUUGAGUAAAGACAGUUUACUACAAAGUCCCAGCGAAUGUUCAUCCAUGAUCAAAGCAUUUGUUGAGUGUUGCCAGUUUAUCUGCAAACAAAUAACAGCAUCGGGUGGCCAGGAAAUAUUAUUAAGAAUUAUUGUGCUCGAUCAUUUUUUGCCUGUAGUGGAAUCAUCUUUGAUUGAGACUAGGCCAGCUUUAUCAAAGUCACCACUGUAUUCUGUGAUGGGCACCUUCCUCCAGAGUCUUGAAAAAUCAGAGUCCAGUGUGUACGUGGUAGAUCUCUUUUGGAAGGAGCUAUUACAGUGUGUUGAAGAAAACUUUUCUGACACUCGAGAGAACUCUGUAGCUAGUCCCCUCUUAGAAAGAUUACCUCUGCUGUUUCAAGGACUCAAAAAUAUGCAGACUACAAAAGCUAAAGCUGAAAAGGUCAGAUUUGUUGCUGAGGUGAAAUUUUCCUCUGAAGUGACUAAGGAUGAUAACGAUUCUAACGUUUCGUGUGCCACAAAUGUAUCAGAGCUUUCAACUUUCUCUCGUGCAUUCCUCCAAGAUGUCACUAGCGAAACAUUCCAAAAGGCAUACAAACUCAAACACGUAUCAUUUGUGAAAUUAUUUUCUGAGCUGGUUGGAAUAUCUUUCGAUGAAGCCACGGUGGUGAAACUGCUUGAAGUCUGUGACAUUUCUACGAGUGGCGAUGUGUUUUUGACAUUUGUGAAGAUUCUGAUAGUUCCGUGGCUGCAAGAGGAUCAGCUGAAAUCCAAUUCUAGCUGUGUUAGUCAUCUUCUGUCCAUCGUGUUUAUCUGCAUUACCCAUGUGAAGGAUUCCGAGAGUACGGCGGUAUUAGCAGAUCUCUGUCAUAUUUUAACUAGUCCUCUUCAUCUAUGUUAUUUGAUUGAGAAAGCUCUGGUCAAACGACAGUACCUGCCAUGUGUUCAGCACUGGUUUAAGAGCUCCAGCCUCACCGGCAGAGUUGUCUCCCUUACUCAGAAGAUCUGUCAGCUGAGUGUGGAGGAUGACUUUUCAGACAACAAGGAGAUGGUGGAUCACGGCUGGGCUGUCGUGUCUCUAGUGCUGUCCACGAGUGACAACGAAGAGCCAGUAUUUUCAACAGAGUGUAUCCAAGGUAUCAUCGACACUAUCCAUCUGACUCUGACGAAACUGGGUCGAAGUCAGCAGGAAAAUAGAGUGGACCAAGCAGUCCUGUUUGUCACUAAAGCUGCUUUCAUUUUCUUCAAUAAUCUGAAGAUGUGCCUGUCGAUCUCUUCAGCUGAGGAUCUUAUACUUGCUCUGUUUUCUGUGUGUAUCGACAUGAAGGAUUUCAUCUCAGAUGACACUUUGCAGGAAGCUAAACGUGCCUGGGUGACUGGUCUCCAGGUUGUGGUUAAACAGACUGGGGCUUUACUCAGGGAUAAGGGGUUCAUCAUGCAGGCUUGCAGUCUAUCAAAAACUUUAAUAGAAUCCAGAGCAAAGACCUUAAAAAGCUACAAACAUAUCUUAUCAAAUAUUGAGACAUUGGUGACAACUCUUCAGAAAACAUUACCCAGCUCGACGUGGACGGACCCUACAGUGCAGGCUGUUCUACAAAACCUGAUUAUUACACCACAGAAGUUGUCGUCGUACAAAAACGUUUUGGACUACAUAUAUGUAACUGGAAGACUAGUAGGAGUUGACGUUCUUACAGAGGAACCAUCUAAAGAACAGCCCGGACUUAGACAAACUAUUUUCACAUCCCUCUUCAACUCUGGUCUGCUGAAAUAUGCAAAGACGGGACAGACCAUGGCCAUGUCACUGUCGGAGAAAGGCGAAACGAAACCUGAAAUUACUCCUGAUGGUGAUGUUGAUCUAAAUGAGGAAGCUGACUCUCCGGGCAAUGAGGACAGCUGUGACUGGUCGUCGGACGAUUGUGACAUAUUUCUCAAUUCUCUGUCUGGAUUAGUCAUAUCUCGCUUGUGGAGAGAGAUGGAUGCCUGUAUAGAUGGUGAUAUUCAUGAUGGAAUAGCACUUCUGGAAGAGAGUAUAGCGUAUCUCAUCAAUACAAGUGGACAUAAAGACAAAGCAAAUGUUGUAAAGAAUGCUACAGCUAGGUCUGAGCAGUGUGGACGUCUUGAUGCUAUAACGUUACAAACUUUACUUGAUGAGCUGGAGAAGAAUAAAGCAGAACUUGAACUUGUGGACAGUUCUCUUCUUGACAGGUGCAGCACUUUGACAACAUCCACAGUGCACACCCUUCAGGCUGUUGUAAAGCACUUCUCAGGCAAUGGCAAGCAGGACAUGGCUCAGAUUAUGGUGGCUCGAAUUAUCUCUGUGGCUGCAGAAUCUGCUAGUAAUCUGGAUGGUGGUCUUGGCCCCCUCUCUGUUCUUGUCACCACCUUGACCUUUACACCAGAUGUUGAAGGUUCAGAGUUCAAGGACAUGAUGAAGGCAGUGUUGAAUCAGCUGAUGACUUGGAGACAAGAAGAUGAUGAACUCAUGCUCUUUGCAAGUGACCUGUCUGAAGCAGCUGUUCCAAAAUUGUCAUUAAACACUGAGGUGAUGAGAUUUGUGAAACUGAUUUUGUCACAAGUACCUAGAAAUUUGUCGUCAAGUGAAUGGGACUUCAUCAUGUGUAGCACUGUCGCUUGGAUACAGAGUAUUAAUGGAAGCAAGAAACACCUCCUAUCGUCUCUCCCAGUGAUGUCGUUUGCUGUCAGUGCCUGUGAUCUCCUGGCCACCGUUGUAAGCUGUCUGCACAGUGAGGUACUCGAGAAUCCAUCGGCAUUUCCAGAGGACUUGCUUACAGAAUGGCAGGAGUUUUUCAGUGGAGGGGCGUACAGUGCUCUGCUGCCCUUGUAUGUUAAACUAGCAGGAGCAUACAAGCAUUCAGCAGCAGCAGGUCUGGAGUCGGUGUGGCUGUGUUCUGUGGGGUUGGCCGUAUCUCACUGUCCAAAACAACAGAUUCUUGGCCACCAGCUGUCCCCGUACUUCAUUGCCGGAGAAUCAUCUCCCUUGCCAGAUACUCUUCAAACCUUGAUUAACCAUUUUGGUCCAAUGUUAUUGUUUGCUGAUAAAUCUGUGCAGGUCACAUCAUUUUGGAUACUUAAUAGCAUAAUGUCUGAGCUACCUCAGUAUGAACAAGAGUACAAAGAUGACUUUGAACCAGAAACAAAAGAGGAAGUGUCACGAUGCCCACCGUCUUGCAUCAUGAAAGUGAUAGAAGAUGGGGACGCUGCGCUGGACAUUGUGUUGGCCGACGUUGGGGUACAGGACUGUGUUUUGUUGGAGCCGAAGACGGACGAGUUUCAAUACACGCUGGGAUAUCUUCUAGCGUGGAGGUUACUGCUCCGAUUCUUCAAAAGCUCAUCACCAGAGCUAAGAGCACAGUAUGCUGUAUACUUCAAGAAAAUACAAUUAGUGCCUCGUCUGCUUGAUCACCUGUUCAGGUUAAUAUCGGACAAGCCACAAAGUGUGUACUUUGAAUCGACUGAAGACUUAGUGGCGUCAGACCAGCCUUCGAGCAAUGAUAUUCAGCGCUUGGUGUGUAUGGUUUACCGCCAGAGUCUGGAAACUUUACCAGCCCUUGUCCGACAGUGGUGGAUCGACCAGGACAGAAAAACAUCACUUUAUAUUGACAAAUUCACAAAGACCCAUGUAAGUCCAUUGCUGAGCUCUUCAGAAAUUUCUUCUGUGCAAGUUACAGACAGCAACCUUGAUGGAAUCACAAUCAAAGGACGGCCAUCGACAAGAGAAGUUGUUGCAAGAUAUGUAAUGGCUGAGGUGACAAUAGAAGUUGUGAUCUCUCUGCCUGAAAACUACCCACUAGGCAACAUAUCUGUUAUCAGUAACAAGAGAGUGGGCGUGUCACAGGCACAGUGGGACAAGUGGCUUCUACAUCUCAACAUAUUUCUGCAGCAUCAGAAUGGGACAAUCCUGGAAGGUGUCAAGCUGUGGAAGAACAACAUUGACAAGAGGUUUGAGGGAGUUGACGACUGUAUGAUCUGCUACUCCGUCCUCCACGGCACAAACUUCCAGCUUCCAAAACUCAUGUGCAAAACAUGCAAGAAGAAAUUCCAUUCCACGUGUUUGAUCCUCGACCUCGACUACAAUGUCCUAGAUCCUCGACAAAUACUGUUGAAUCGCUUGCUAGAUCCUCGACUAAAUCUCUUCUAG